AUGGACAAGCCGGACGACUUCUCCCAGCCGACCGUACUGGGCAAGCAUCAAAUCGAGAAAGCCCUCCACGAUGAGCGGCGGGAAAUCUCGUCGGGUCGGCUCAAAGAAGAGAACCCGUUGGAUACCACCGUCGAGUUUCGUCGUUUCUGCGAGGCAUGUAGGCGAGGAGAUCUAAGAGCAUGUCAAGAACAAAUCGGCAAAGGCAUCAACAUUAACGCGAGGGACGAGUUUGACUAUACACCUCUCAUUCUGGCCAGUCUGUGCGGGCACUAUGAAGUGGUGCAGAUGUUGCUCGAGCAAGGCGCGCUUUGCGAACGUGAUACCUUCCAAGGCGAGCGAUGUUUAUACAACGCCCUCAACAGCCGAAUACGAAACCUCCUCCUGAGCUACGAUUACAGCAAGAGCACCGAUCCCUUGCAACCUCUUGCUGCACACAUCACCAGCUUAUUGACUCGAGAUACACCCAAGACGAGCGACAUCGCAGUGCAGACUGUCGACGCCACCUUCGACCUACACAAAUUCGUCCUCUCCGCCCGAUCACCUUAUUUCGCAAAGAAGCUCGAAUCCGCUCCGGAGACAAAGACCUGGCGAUUAUCGAACGCCGUGCCUACACAGUCCUUCGAGAUAUGCAUACGGUAUCUCUAUAUGGGCGAGGCGACUGCUCCUUCAGCAGAUUCCGACAGUGAGCAAGAGGCAAUCGUGUCGGGGAUUGAGAAACUGUCACGACAGUUGGAAAUUCCGCGGCUGUUUGAGAGCAUUCUACAAUCUGGUGAUCGGCGGCAAGCAAGACAAAGGAGGACGGAGGAGAUACAACAAGGGCAAGAACAGUUCGAGGGAUGGUUCAAGGAGAACGUACUACGCAAUCGACUGGAGGUCGAUGUUGAGAAGGCGAAACAUGUCAAGUGGGAUCGCGACAAUGGCAUCUUUGCCGACGUCUUACUUCUUGCGGAUGAAGAGGUGGAAGAUGAAAACACAGAUGUGGGCACAGAAAACACACGACAGCCACGGAUACGAACAGCGGACGGCCCGUUGAACGGCAUUCCCAUCGGCCACUUCCAACCAUCCCGCUCACCCUCCCGGCACCGCAAGCCCCGACGCUCCUGUCUAUACCCCGUCCACCGUUCCGUGCUCCUCCGAUCAGAAGUCUUCGCAACCAUGUUUGCCUCGCCAUUCCGAGAAGGCCAAGAACUCGAGCACCUCCAAAUCGUACCCGUCGACUGCUCCCCCGAAGUCCUCGAAGUGGUGCUCACCUUCCUCUACACCGAAAAAGCCAACUUCAGCCUCUCCAUGGCCCUCGAAGUCCUGCAAACCGCCGACAUGCUGUUCAUCGAAAAGCUAAAGCAGCGCGCCGCCCUCCUCAUCAGCACCCUAGGCAACGGCAGCGCCAGCAUCGUCGAAUCCGACAACUCGCGCGGCGUCGUCGCCGCCCUCCCCGAUGCAGACGCCAUCAACAUCUACGACGUCAUCCGCGCCGGCUGGGACACGCGCGUGCACCGCCUCGAGGAGUUCGGCGCGCGCUACAUCGCGUACCGCCUCGAGCAGUACAUUGACGAAGCGGAGUUCAAAGACCUCGUGCGCGAAUCCGCCGGCAGGAUUCACGGGCGUGAGGAAACGGACACUGUGGAACUCGUGGACGAUAUCCGCUGGUACCUGAGCGAGCGCUUCCGGCUGCGCUUCGAAGACGCCGGCCUCAACCAUCUCAUCGACUCCAAUGAUCCUGCUAAUCGUGGUUCCGAUGGCGCACUGAAGGACCCGCAAGACGAAGGCGUCGAUACGCAUAGCGGUUCCACGCCACCGCUGGAAGAGGGCGACGAAGGGUAUGCACCGGAUUUGGAGCUUUUGGAGGGCGAGGGCGGAGUGAUUAGGACUUUGGAUGGCGAGAUUGCGGGCGACGAGUUUGCGCAGGAUGCGCUGAAUUAUCAGCUGUUGCUGGGGAAGAUUGAGACGCUGAUGGAGGAGCUGGGGCUGGAUGGAUAG